ACGACACUUGCUUGGAGCAGGUACCACCAUGACCAGCCAGUCUCAGGGGAUCCACCAGCUCCUCCAGGCAGAAAAAAGGGCCAAGGAUAAGCUAGAGGAAGCCAAGAAGAGAAAAGGGAAGCGACUGAAGCAAGCUAAGGAAGAAGCAAUGGCAGAAAUCGACCAGUACAGAAUGCAGAAAGAGAAGGAGCUUCGGCUAAAACAGUCGAAGAUAAUGGGUUCUCAAAGUAAUCUCUCAGGUGAAAUAGAAGAAGAAACACAACGGAAGAUACAAGAACUGAAUGGACGCUACAACAAGUAUAUGGAAAGUGUCAUGCAACAGCUUUUGAGCAUGGUCUGUGACAUGAAACCAGAAAUCCAUGUGAACUAUAGAGCCGCCAACUAAAUGCACAUCAUAUUGUUCAAAGAAAGGUACGUGGAUGCCACCCGG